AGGACGUCAAUUUGCUAUUUCUCCGCUGACAUUGCUUCAAAAUCUCACGUUUAAGCAUGAAACUGACUUACUCUAAAAUGCUGUAUUGAGCACUUGAGCAAUCAUCUAUAUCAAUUCUGUUUCUCUUCUCUUGUUGUAGAAGAAAUAUUCUUGCUACCAAACAGUAAUUAGUAAUAUCUAUCUGUUAGAACAAGGAUGGAAUCAUUCAGUCAAACUGGGUUCCGGUACAACCUGGAUUCGAACACAAUAGGUGGUGAUGAUACAGAGUUUUCAGGGAUUCUUGAGAUCUAUGCUCAUCAUGCUAGGAACCUUCACAACAUAUGCAUAUAUGAAAAGCAAGAUGUCUAUGCAAAGUUCUCUCUUACUUACAAUCCAGAUGAGGCCCUCUCAACUAGGAUCAUCAAUGGAGGUGGCAAGAAUCCAGAAUUCAAUGAAAACUUGAGGAUGAGGAUUACUCAAAUUGAUGCUGUUCUCAAAUGUGAGAUUUGGAUGCUUAGUAGGGCCAGAAGCUACAUGGAGGACCAGCUCUUGGGAUUCACUUUGGUUCCAAUUUCGCAAGUGACUGGCAAAGGAAAGCUGACUCAAGAUUAUGGUCUUUCUUCCACUGAUCUCUUCCAUUCCCCAGCUGGCACUGUGCAACUGACUCUUUCUCUUAUCCCAUCUUCGCCUAUCAAAUCGUCUGCUAACUCAUCCAUAACUUCAGAAGUAGUAUUGCUUGAUCGAAAGAUCUCAGAAGAAGUAAUGUUAGACCCAGUUGAGUAUACAAGGAUCGAAUUCCCUGACAUCAAUGUAGUGAGUCAGAAUCAGCAAAUGGUGACGGAGUACUUUGACUUGGCAAAGCACAAGCAUGAUUCUGAAGGACUAGUUGCCUCGUUUCUUCGUCUUGGUGCAUCUCCUGAUCAGGACUGUGAAAUGCUCGUGAGCUCAUCGCCCAAUGAGAGCAUACAAAACUCUGGCUUCUUAAGUUCCACCACAAGAAGCUUGAGUGAUGACCGAAACAACAACAAUGCUGAUUCAAUCGAGAAAAAGAAUUGUGUGGCUUCUGUCACCAAUGGAGCAGCUAAUCAAAAUUGUGCUGCUUGUCCAGACACUCCAACCUCAAGAAAGGGAAGAGAGGCAUCUUCUGGAGAUGAAAAGUUGAGUUUUCUGGGCAAGGAAGAGGAAGAGGAAGAGGAGAUGAAGAAGGAACAUGAAGUUGGUCCGGGCCCAUUUGGUCAGGUGUAUUCUGCUCCACUCGGGAAUAUGAACUCAGAGGCCGAGCAAUCUGCAAUGCAGCAACAAAUAGUUGACAUGUACAUGAGAAGUAUGCAACAGUUUACCGAGUCUCUGGCAAACAUGAAGCUCCCGAUGGAUCUUGAUAAACCCAAAUGUGAAGACGGUGGUGAAGUGAUUCCGAACAGCAACUUAGAACUUGACAAAAAGAAGGAUGGAUCAAGAGUCUUCUAUGGUAGCAGGGCCUUCUUCUGAGUCCUAGUACGUACUUGACCAGUAGCUAAUUGAUUCUGCAAUGCAAUACUUGAGGGUACAAAUUAGUUUAUUUAGAAUCAAGAGUGAUGCUUAUUUAUUAUUAACAUUCUUACUUUCACAGGCUGCAUUGAAUUUCUUAGAAAUUUAUAUAACUGAAGUCCCUUGAUUACGUG